UAAACGAAACAGUAAAAGAGUCGAUAAAACGCAAAGUAUCAAUAACUAGACCAAGAAGAGGAACACAUACUACAGAUGAUGCUCCUUCGCAAAUUUUGACAAGCUCACCCUCUGCUUCUGCUUUAUCCUCACUUUCUACAAACAAUACAAUCACGUCUGCUACCUCUUCGUCCUCGGGUAGAAAAUUUCAAAUAUUUACAAGACGUGCUUCUGUAUCCUCGGGAAAUGCUUCGAAAAGUUUACUAUCUGAUUUGAAACUGACAAGAGUAGAUUCAAGUCCUACUCAACGUUCUGUUGCACCUCCUAGCCCAAUUGAAACCGGUUCAAAUUCACAUAGCCAGCAACAGUCUUCUAUAGCUACAGGAAAGCGUAGAAACCCGAGGCCACCAAGUGGUCAUUAUCCACCACCUACUUUAAGUACAACUGAGGAAGAACCUUCGGAAAAUAGUAGUAAUAGUAAUAGUCAUAUCAGCAAUAGCCGGAAAUUCACUUUUCAUAUUGGUACACCGCCGCCUAUCAUAACUUCAAUUCGUAAACCCAAUAGCAUGUUCUCGUUAGACAUUAAUAAUAGUAGUAAAGAUGAAAGGAUGGAAAAACUGUUGAAGAAAACAAAAGUAUUUUUUGAUCAAAGGUCAAAGCCAAAAGCUCGAGCUGCAUCUCUUUGGAGUUUUAUUGACGCAACCAAUGAUUUAGAUCAAGCUCAGUUUUUCCAAGAAAACGCUGAAGAAGUAUUCGAUGUAACUUACAAAGCCUUUAUGAAUCAAGUUGAUAAAAUAAAAGCACAAAUUCUUAAUCAUCUUCUUGAUCAUGGAAACCAUCCACGUGUUCGAUGCCAAGGAUUUCAUUUAUUAUUACUUUGGAUGAACGAUCAAACAAUCGAAUUUCCAGAAUGCAUAAAUUUAUAUGCCAAUUCUAUCUCACUCGAUUUAUUUUUAUAUGAUCAGUUUGCUAGUGUAGAGAAUACAGAUUAUAGAGCAAGUUGUGGACUCUCUGAGCUGGACCAAAAAUUUAUUCGAGCUGAUGAUAGAGGACCAUUGUUUUCUAAUCCGUGUCCGCCCACAUUUAAUGAUUCUGUGUCGUUACUUAAGAUUGCGUUAACUAAUAUUGCACGAUUAGCUCACGUGGCGGCUGGUUCUAAUCCACCACCUGAAAACUAUGAUUUUGCUGUGAUGGAUAAUAUUGAACCUGACAAUGGAAUUGCUAUUGGAAUAGGAAUUGACGCAGCCCUUGCAGCUGCAAAAUUUAAUUAUGAGCUUUUAAAAAAAUAUUACUUAAUGAAACUUUUUCCUACUUGCUCAAAAAAACUUGGAACAUCAACACAUGCAAAACAUGAAUCGGGAUUUUCAUCUUGUCCUCCUGCCAUUUUACGCACCCUUAUACAGUUUUUCAUUGAUUACUGUCUGGACAAUACUUUUUUUGGUUCAUCUGAACCUGUCGUCACAUUUCCGUCACCCGCAACACCUAUAUUAAAAUCUAUUGUUUUGGCGUUUGAAAAUAGAGAAUUUGCUCAUGAAAUUAUAAGACAGGCAUUGAUAUUACCAGCCGGAAGUAUAGCAACUAAAGACAUUGUUCGGGGGGCUGUUCAUAUUGUUGGUGUUUGGAUUCUGAGUGGG